AUGGCCCCCUCCUCCACCACCACCACCACCACCACCAAACGCCUCUUCCUCAUCUCCUGCUUCUCCUCCCCCUCCUCCUCUCAGGAUCAGAACCAAAACAAUCCACCAGUCUCGAUCUCCGCCUCGAUCAAGAACUUCUCCGCCGCCGUCGCGCUCUCGUCGAUCCUCCUCUCGCCGGCCGCCCUCUCCCCUCCGCCGGCGGCCGCCGACAUCGCGGGGCUCACCCCCUGCAAGGAGUCCAAGGCCUUCGCGAAGCGCGAGAAGCAGUCCCUGAAGAAGCUGGAGGCGUCGCUCAAGAAGUACGACCCCGACUCGGCCCCCGCGCUGGCCAUCAAGGCCACGAUGGAGAAGACGAAGCGGCGGUUCGAGAACUACGGCAAGUUCGGGCUGCUCUGCGGCGCCGACGGCCUCCCCCACCUGAUCGUGAACGGCGACCAGCGGCACUGGGGCGAGUUCGUCACCCCCGGCCUCCUCUUCCUCUACAUCGCCGGCUGGAUCGGCUGGGUCGGCCGCAGCUACCUCAUCGCCAUCCGCGACGACAAGAAGCCCACCCAGAAGGAGAUCAUCAUCGACGUCCCCCUCGCCUCCAGCCUCCUCUGGCGUGGCUUCAUCUGGCCCGUCGCCGCCUACCGCGAGCUCGUCACCGGCAAUCUCGUCGUCGACGACGCCGACGUCGGCACCUACUGAGCCACCCCUCCUCCUUACUGAUUGUAGCUGCUGAUACGCUGCUGCUACAUGAUGUGGAGAGCUCUGUUCUGUUGUAUUUAAGAACUGUAUCUGUAUUUGUACUUCAUCAAGCCAAAUGAUGAUUAUAGUUUUUAAUCUCUUUGACCAAUUUGAAGCACAUUUUGGAUGUAAUUUCUGGUUUUUUAUAUGUUGUCAGUGAAUGUAACCUGAAAUUGCAGUUCUUCUAGAAUAUCUUCUUCUUUUUUUUAAUUUA